AUUGACCAACACUUAUCUUGGAAGAGUCACACUGAUAAAAUUUGCAAAAAAGUAGCAGCCGGUAUUUCUGCCCUUAGAAAAUUAAAGGAAUACACAGACAAACAAACACUUAUCUCUAUUUAUAAUGCCCUGGUACAUCCUUACUUCACAUAUUGCUGUGAAGUUUGGGGUGUAUUGGGGGAAACUCAGUCCAAAAGACUACAAAGCUUCAAAAUAGAGCUUACUAACUCCUUGAAGAAAAGCUUUGCGUAUGAUGGGGCUUCUGUUUGGAAUUCAAUUCCAGCAGAAUUCAGAAAUAGCAAAAGCGUGUCACUUUUGCUGCUUGCAUUUUAUGAUUUAGUUUGA